AAUGAGAGAAAAAAAAAGAAAAAAGUUCAACAGCAAGCGAGAGACAGGGCACGAAGGAGAAAUCGGGAAAUACAAAGUUUGUGAAAACAUCGUCAAGGAGACGGGGGGAGUAGGUAAAAAAAAAAGUCAUAGAUUACGUUUUUCCUAGAAACAGUAUUUUCCUGAAAAGAUUUCGCGUGCAGUAUAGUGUGAGUAAACCUGUUGAAACUGUGAUAAAAACUGAGUACAGACUUCUGUAGCUGAAACGGAAUGUUCUUGGCUAAAGAUUCUGAACGCAAACUUGAAGAGCUCAACUGAUUCACAAUGACGUACACUUUUGUCAUAUGUGUGUCAUUGAUGACAAUAUGUGUAUUCGUGCCUGUUUUCUGCCAACCAUCACAGUGUAACCUGACAUCCAGUAAUCGAGUCAUUAAAUCAGGACAAUGGCCGUCUUUUGGUAAAAUUGACAGAAGAGAUUUAGUGGAAUAUUUUGUGACUUACAUCAAUGAUAACAAUGAGAAAGUUACUUUUGACAGCACUAACACAACGAAUUCUACAAGAUUUCAACCAAUGAGAUGGUUUAAUAUUAACGACAAGAUUGGAGAUAUUUUACCAAUGAUCUACGACUACUUCUUCUCCAUCACAAGAUAUUUUAUGAAUAUCCAGACUAUACAUAUCGACUUGAAUGUCACCCCAAAGGAUUGCAUCUAUUCGAUAGAUUAUGAAGAAGUUGAGAUAUUAACGAGGAAGUUUUUCAUUGAUAAUGUUCUAAUCGACAAAACCCAGAUUUGUUCAGCACAUCUAUCGGAUAAUAAUGGUAUUGGAGUUGUAUCAUUCAACUGUUGUAAAGUUGUUGAGACGUCCAAUGAAACAGUUUGUGAUGAUAUAAAUGAAGACUAUAUGUGGUUAACCGGUGUAAAUAUUACAUCUAUACUGGCAACGGUUCUAAUCCUGGGAGUGAUCUUUGUGCUCAUUUUACUGUCACCUACUGGCACUGAAGACUUUUACCUCUAUCCAGAAAAUUGGAUGAUUGGUGACAAUAACGAUUGUGACGAUUCAAUGAUAAGAUUUCCAGUAAUUGCAAAUUCUGACAAUUUCGCGGAAUUUAAAAGAAAAACGAACACACGUUCUAAAACUGAGGUUAAAAUAAAAAGGAUCAAAUUCUCAGUAACAAAAAGACAUUGCAUAAUUGAAAACCUCUCGGCCAUAACGUUGUUUGGAAGCAUAACAGAAUUUCUCAUUGGUCUGGACAGCUCCUACUUUAAACCUUCAGAGAACUUGAACAAGUGCUUUCCAUGUUGCUAUGGCACUUGUUUAUCAAGCGAUUGCUGUUCAAUAGAUUAUCCCAUCCGGCUUCCAUGUAUUCGCUUCUAUUUAGGAAAACUAGUGUUUGCAUUCCUUUGUAUAAUUUUAUUUUUACCGUAUUAUUUGUAUGUGUUUGGAGCUGAUAAUAAUACCCUGGAUUCGAACACAUUGUGCUCUGCAUUUGAAGCUAAAAGUUUGAGUUGUCCAUUUUAUGUCAGAGAAACGUCGCAAGCGUUUAAAAAUUUUUUUUUUGCUUAUUGUUUCGUCUUAGUGCUCUACUUUAUAGCUCGCAGAAAAAAUUACAUCACAAUGAUAAUAACCGAGCUACCAUGGAAUAAAUCCCAAGUUAAUGAUAAAUUUCAUUUGCCCCGUUCUUCGAAAUGUGUUCAAAUGAUUUUAAUUUUAAACCUUUUUGCAAUGGUUGUUGUCUAUGUAACUUGGGGGUUCUUUUUGUACUUCACAAUUACUUUGAUACUUAGAAUUCUGAUCAUGUCAGCCAGUACUCGGAAUAUCCUUGACGAUUUUUCUUUUGUCAUUUUUCCUUUAUUUCUUGUGAUCUACGAUUAUAUCAGGAACGUAACCAAGGAGUUCCAAAAAAUUGCAGAAAAUAUUUUUGAUCUUCUUCGCAACGAUGAGUUGAAGUUUUCUUCCAACAAUCCGAAUGUAAAAACAAACAAAGCGUUUCUUCUUUUAGGAAAGAACAAAAAAAUCGAAGGUUACUUCGUCUAUGAUGCCGGAGAACUAAGACUCAAUAUCAACCGUCCUUUAAUUUUUCUAAGAAAGGAUGGUACAAUCUCUACUAGCAAAAGGCUUGUGACACAAAUCUACAACGACACUCCUGAGAUUCUUCCCUUUGAGCUUAGUGCUUAUUUAAAGGCAUUUCUAAUGUCCUUGUUGCCAUGUACAAUGUAUGCCGUUGCAUUUAUAAUGUUUGUGACCUACACCUCAAUUUUCUCGUAUUCUACCGAAGUGGCUGGAUACACUGCUACUAUAAUGACCGGUCUCAAAUGGCUUCAAUCUAAAGUUGAGACCAUUAUUCGAGAAAUUACAACUUCAGAGAAAUCUGAAAAACAAAGAGUCAUAUUGAAGCUGAAUCGAGAGCAGUUUAACUUUCAGGAGGCUUGGAUAGUUACCGACAUAGACUUAGGUAUAAAUGAUACACAAAGGUUGAUAGACCGUGAAACGGAAGAAGAUAUUGAUAUCUCUAUGCAAGAUUUGACAUCAUUCUUGGGAGCUGAAGCAAGUACAGAUAAUAUUAUACAAAGUACGACAUCACGCUAUGAAGGCAACUUAAUGGAGCUAAACCCGCUGAUGACCAGUGAGUCUUCAUGAUUUAUAUGGAUGAAACCUUUGCGUACACCUCUUAAUGCCUCUUUGUGAGCAAUGUCUGUAACGAGUCUUUGCGUUUAAUGUAGGUCUCUUAUUUUAAGAGUGUCAUUUGCAUUGGCCUACAUUGUAUAUUAAUCAGGGGCGUAACUAGGGAUUUGGGGGCCCGGGGGGAUUGACCUCUUUGGGGGUCCCUUGCAUUUUGACAUUCGACAUAUGUCAUGAGAUAAUGUACACAAAAAUAUAUAAGCCCCAAAUCAAAUUGGUUCAGUAUAUCAGUAAACUUAACAAAAAGUAAUCAUCGAGACUCUUUUAAUGAAUAAUACCGUUGUUUAUUAGUUAAAUAAUGCACAAGUGACAAAUCUAAAUUGAUAUCGCUUCACGUCGUGCAUUCUGUGCAGCAAAGACAUCUAUAACAUCAACUACAUCGAUACUUUCUAGUAUUUGUGACUUCACUGACAUUAAAAUCAUGAUAAGCCUUUCUUGCGUCAUUGUGCUUCUGAGAUACUUUUUGAUUGAGCUUUGAGAAUGAUCUCUCACAAGACGUAAUGUCGUAAUGGAAGUAACCUGAGUUAGCGGUAUUCGGAGGAGGUUGCAAAGUCUGAGCACACGUAAUUCCCAUAUGAAGCCUGUUUCCUCAAUAUGUCUAUUGGUGAUUGUAUUACUGUUUGUUGAUGAAAAGUGCUCGUGCAUCAAUGACAUCAUUGAAAAAGCUAUUUUCUAUUUAUUUCAUCAUACAAACAGGAAAAGUAGCACAGUUUGUCACAAGCGUGUCUUCUAACAGGUGUCUUGGUUCAAGAAGAAACCCAAAGGUAUCCAUUUUCUUUCCAGCCUUUGGAAUCUGCCCUUCAUCUCCAUAUGAAAUCUGUCCAGCACUUCUGUUUGAAUUGCAGUUGUAUUGACAGUCCUACAUUAGAACUCAACUUCCCAUCAAGUCUUUUCUUUCAUAUGGUUGUUUUGAUUACAGGGAAUCCAUAGUAUUCACUACCUUCUUUUGCUUUUUCGAUGGAUAGGGUUUUUGUCAGUUUCUCAUCAUUUUGCAAAAAGCAUGAAAGGGUACUAAUUUCUUUAGCGGAUUCCCGUAUAUGCAGUCCAGACUUUUGUAGUUUCUUCCGAACUAUAUUAAUUGGGCACAGGAGCUUUGACCAGAAUUCCAGAUAGGCAAAAAAUUCUUAAUUUUCCACUGCAUGAAGAAGAUUCUGUGCUAAUAUUAUAUGGCAUUACGUCAUUGUUGGUUGUUUAUGUUUUGUGCGAAAGCAAAAGGAUUCAGGGUAUACAAAAGUGGGAAAGAUCCAUAUCUCGUUAUGCUCGAGUAUAGAAAUACUCCGAUAAGUGGACUGCCGUAUUCACCAUCACAACAGCUGACGAGUAGAAGACUCAGGGAAUUAUUCCAACUGAUCACAAACUAUUGAAACCAUUGGUAGCUGAAAAUGCAGAGACAUUACUCAACGAACGACAGAUGAAAAGCUAAGUGAAAUACGAUGCAAAAGCAAGACUACCUAAAGAUUAUUCUGUCGGAGAGUUCGUCUUGGUCAAACAUGGCAGAAAGCAGUUGUCAUAAAAAACAUUCAGCACCCAGAUCUUACAUCAUAAAGACAAACAAUGGAAAAACAUACAGAAGAAAUCAACGCUUUUUAAAUAAGAGUUUCGAUGAAGACAUCUCUGGGUACUAUGAUACCAAUGAAGACAAUGAACUGCAAACUGUUGCAACAAACGAAACAUACAGUUAUAGACCAACGUCUAGAGAACUUGUUCAGUCAAGAUAACCAGAAGUGGACGAAUUGUUAAAGUUCCUAGUAGACAGUGCCGGUCGCAGUGGGCGCCGCGCUUUCAUAGGCCCCGCGCUAAUUCCAAGUGUACAUUAUUAAAUUAAACAAUUGUAACGUAUAUAAAAUAACAGGGUUUUCGCGACCUCCUGAUUUUUCAGGGCCUCCAGGAAAUCUCAUGAAAAGGCAUAAUAUACGAUAAAGUCCUGAACUUUUUUUGAAUUUAUUCAAAUCUCCUGAAAAAUAGACGAAAUUGACGUUUUGGGGUGCCAAUAAAUAAAAAGGGCAUUGCGAGCUUUCAUUUGAUAAAAAUUUAUUGCAAAGACGAAAGUAGGCCUAUUUUCUAAUUCAAAAAAAAAAUAAUUUUGACAUUAUGCUUAUCCCUACCCAGACUAGGCCCCGCGCGAUCCGUUUCGCAUAAGGGCCCCGCAAAUGCUAGGGCCGGCCCUGCUAGUAGAUAUCACUAUUAAGAACUUUAAAAGGAAGGGUGUGAUAAUAACUUCAAUAGGAAGGAUGUAUUAAUAUUAUAUGAUAUUACGUCAUUAUUUUUUGUUUAUGUUUUGUGCGAAAGCAAAAGGACUAGAUCAUUAGAUGUAAAUAAAAAGAGAGAUAUUCCAUUGGAUUGAGGAAAGAUGAAUAAAGGGGUAAUAACUCGAGUGUGAAGUUUAAUUCUGAUAUUAUAGACGCCAAACACGAAAAAUUGACAAUUUUAGCAUUGUUAAGAAUAACUUUUAGUUAUACUCGAUUUGUAAAUUUUGCUUCAAGGUUAAUUAGUGUAGCUAUAAAAUACUCGCCAUUUAGAUCUAUUAUUAGUAAAGGUAACAAGAAACCUGGAAUUCGCUGUAUAUCAUGCAGUUUUAUUCGUGGCAACAAAGCUUAAAAUGAAAGCUACAUUAUAUCUCUAAAAACUAAUCUCUGCGGCAAAAAUAUUUUUAAAAUAUCUAGGUUUAGUCUUUGUGAUAAAUUUAAUCCAUAAAUGUUGAUUAAAAAAAGACACCCGUUGACACUAUUUGUCAAUCAAAUAUAUUAAUUUAUGUAUUUACAAAUAAAUUUCGGACACCCAUUUGGGGGCCCCCCCUAGGUGGGGGCCCGGGGGUAUUUUAAAAUUCUCUCCCCCCCCCCCCAUCCCCCCCUUAGUUACGCCACUGAUAUUAAUCUUAUUUUAAGAGUGUCAUUUGCAUACAUUUUAUGUUAAUCUUAUUUUAAGAGUGUCAUUUGCAUACAUUGUAUGUUAAUCUUAUUUUAAGAGUGUCAUUUGCAUACAUUGGAUGUACGUUUUUUUUUUCAGUAUAUAAGUGUAUUGAUUAAAUGUCCAUCUUAUUACAAAGCUUAUAGCAACUAUGCUUGUAUGUCUAUUUGUCUACAUUAUUUCUCCCACUUCCUAUUCUCGGAUCAAGAAGAAACUGUCAUUGUCCCUAACAAAACUUGAAUCAAUCAAUAAAACUACCAAUUACUGUUUCAACUGUCAUAA